CAAGGCUUACUCAAAAAAAAACGUCAAUGGACAACUUGUGAAAAAUUGUUCAUUCUAACUUACCUUGAAAAAGUUCCAGGUGCCUCUAUUCGUGGAAUGGCUGACAAGUUUCACUUAGAGCCCAAACAAAUUCAGGAUUGGCGUAAUAAAACAACAACUAAUGCUCACCCAACCCCACAUAAAACGUCUUCAUGUUGGUCCAUGUCUCCGUUAUCCUGA